AUGAAUGACUUCAAGUAUUCUGAUGAUCAAGCAAGUAGAUUAUUGUCUUUAUAUUUUCCUGGUGCCAAAAAUGGGGUCAACAAAGCUCGUUUUGUUGAGCGUUUUCUGGUUGGAGGAUGGAAAACAAACGAAGAUGCCGUUCAGAUGGCCAUUCUCUAUUUCAUCCAUACUUUUGUUUUUUCUCAACUAGGUGAUGCACCUAUAUCAGUUGAUGAUUUCAAGAUGGUAGAAGAUGGUAGUUAUGAGCAAUAUCCAUGGGGGAAAUUAGCAUAUUCAAAAUUGAUAAAAGGAAUGCGUCAGGAGUUUUCAAAUGCCAAACAAAUGUAUCGUCUAGGCGGCAUGCCAUACGCUCUGAAUGUUUGGAUAUAUGAAUGUGCAUCUCAAGUUCCCUCUGAAAUUGCUGUAAGAGUGGGCAAUAAAAUUCCCAGAAUUCUUAACUGGCGUGUUGUCGCCGUGAAGCCAAAAUUUGAGACCUUCAUGUCUACCAUCUUCAGUGAGUAUCAAUGCUCCAACAUUGUCCAAUCUCAACAUGAAAUGGAAUCUAUUGUCGUUCAUGACAGCCAACAGAAACCUGAAGAUUCAACAUCGGCUGCCAAGGUCAAUUUCAGAAAACCUCAUGAAAUCACUGGAUUUGAGGACUUUUCAACAACACCACCCACUGAAUUUUUAAAGAGAUCCAGGGAUGUCGCUGAGACAUCUUCUCCACCUCCUUCCAAGAGAAUGAAGACUUCCCCUGCUAAAAAGCCAAUUCAAGUAGAAACAGCCAACAUGCACAAGGAUUUCUUAUCACCAAAUGAAUCAGAAAAUGUUGUUUCUCCUGACAAUGAACCAGGGGCAAAGUCACCAAAGGAAUCAGAAAAACUUGUUUCUCCUGACAAUGUACCAGGGGCGAAGUCAGCUGUUGACCGGAAGUUCAAGCGUUUGGAGAACAAAAUGGAUUCAAAUCAUAUUGAUCUUUUGAAAGCCAUCGACAGUAUGGCGAACCGAAUGACUGGCACAUCAUCUCAAGUUAAAAAAGAUGAUUUUGAUCAAUCAUUCCAUGUGGUUGAACAACAAGAAGCACCUACUGGAUUGGAGGGACCUGAACCAUCCACCAUGAUAAAUCAGGUGGACAACAUAUCGGAACAAAGCAUUUUAGCAGAUGUUCCUGAAUUAUUUGAUCAGCAAGUUUAUUCUGAUACAUUAAAGGAAGAUGAACCAUCCGUCAAGGAUGUAUCAGCACACCAAAUGGAACCACAAAGAGCAGAUACUGAUCAGCUUAUUGCUGAUUCUGAUACAUUACAGAACACUGGAAAGAAAGAUGGAAGAGUAGCUGAUGAUAAAUCUGCCAAAGUAGAAGAGCAAGUUGAGGAGAUUGAAAAAGAAAAAAUCAAACCAAGCACAUCAGAAUCCAAUACUUCAGCACCAUUUUCGACCGAAACUCUGGAUGUGAUAGAUGCUCUAAUAUACGGACUUCCAUUACCAGUCAUGCCAUUGACAGCUGUUAGUCAUGAGCAAGUUCAGGAUGAAUGUCUAUUACGCGAUAGCCAGCUACCAACCACUCUUCCAUCAAAAGCUAAUGUAUUGUCUGACGAUGCGAAGACACCAUCUCGAAGAAGCAGGAUUCCUUCGAAGAUCUUACAGUCGCCGUAUCUUUCAAACUUUGGGUCGAGUGAAAAGGGAAAGGAAAAUUUGUCAGAUGUUACGCAUCAGACACACCCUUUUAAAGGUUUUGAUAUAUGCUAUCAACCCCCUUCCGAGCUUGUCACAGACUACUCUCAAUGGAUAGAUAAAGGACUUCUAAAAUCACAUGGCAACAAGAAUUCGAAGGAGGAUCAUUACAGAUCUAAGUGCUCUUCAUUCGGCUUUGAAAAAAUGGACUUUGUUGUGGCAUUUCCUAAAGAUAAGAACUGGUUUUACCUAAUGUCACAGCCGGACAGAUGCUGGAACGAUGAGGUAAAAAUUUCAUCAUAA